GGAGAGACAUGUGGAAGCCAAGAAGACAAGGAGGCGCAUGAAUCAGUCCACCUGCAGAAGUGAGGCUGUGUUGCUGGGAUCUAUCUUGUUCCCAGUUCCUGGUGCAGAAUAUACGCAACAGGGGGAGGAAGUUCAAAGGUCAGACACAAAAAGCAGUCUGAAAAUGGCAUUGGGGCUUUUCCUGGUCAUCCUGGUAAUCAUGCCAGCCCAAGGACUUAGGAGCAGUGACAGCAAAGAUACGGACCCUUCUGUGUAUCACACUGAAGACAACUACGAAUGGACCACAUGGUUUAACGUGGACCACCCAGGCGGCCGUGGAGACUAUGAGCAGCUUGAUGCCAUUCGCUUCUACUACCGCGCCCGAGUGUGUGGGACACCCCGAGCACUGGAGGCCAGAACCACUGAGUGGGUCCCAGCUCGAGAAACCGGAGAGAAGGUCCACGCGGACCCCACUGUGGGCUUCUGGUGCCUCAAUGAGGAGCAAGGUCCAGACCAGAACUGUUCCAACUACGCAGUACGAUUCCUUUGUCCCAAAGGAAUCAGCCUAACCUUACAAGACACCUGGAGUUCAUGGACAGACUGGAGUCCAUGUUCUGCCCUCUGUGGUCAAGUGGGGGUCCAAAUUCGCUCCAGGAUCUGCAAUUCUCAUCUAAGGUAUUGCAACGGACCAAAGGUUGAGAGAAAAGAAUGCCAGGGACCCGAAUGUCAGACAGAAUGUUCCAUGCAGUGUGUGAUGGGUAAAGUAAAUGCAGAGUGUGACACAUGCAUGUGUGAAGAGCAUACCCUGCUGGGCUCGGCCCGUGGUGCUGGGGGUCUCAUCGCCGAAGGGGCUGCAAUACUUCUUUCAAAGAACCUCCUAACCCUCACAGACCACAAUGGACAUUUCCGUAUCCCCGGACUCUGCCCUGAUGGCAAUACCACGUUGACAAUAAGACAGCAGGGCCACGCACCUCUUAAUGUUGUAGUUCCAAAGAGCACUGAGCGUACCUCAGUCCUCAGUGUUCAGCUCAAACGAGAAGAGAAGCUUCAUGUGUUGAGCAACCCCGAUAGCAAGGCAAGGAGGGAGGGACAAACCACUGCCUUCUGCUGCAAUGUGGCGGGAAUACCGCAACCAGACAAAUAUCAAUGGUUUCAUAACAACAGUCUCUUAGGGAGGCAAUCUGAGAACAUCUUGGUUCUAAAAGAUCUGCAUCCUGAACAAGCUGGAGAGUACUACUGCAGGGCUAGUGGUCCAACUGGAGCCAUUAAAACCAAACCAGCUACUCUCAAAAUCAUAGGCAGAAAUAGCCAUUCAUGCGAGCCCACGCCCCAGUCCCAUCUGAUACGUCUUCCACAUGACUGCUACCAAAACGGUACAAAUUCGUUUUAUUAUGAUGUGGGAAAAUGUGCAUCCAGCACAUGCGUUGGACAAUUGGACAACGGUAUCAGAUGCAAAGACAAAGUGGCUUACUGCUGUGGCGUGGCAAAGAUGGAGGAGAGGCAUUUAACAUGCCAGGGCUACCAACUACCCACUAUGGUGGUGACUGAAUGCGGCUGUCAGAAAUGUGUGGACACCAAGGCUAUCGUGCAUGGUCGAGCCAUAGCUGCAGACAAUGCUGAACCAAUGAGGUUCGGCCACAUAUUUAUGAAUGGUGUAAGAAUCAGCCGAACCGGUUACAAAGGUACCUUUUCCAUCCAUGUUCCUCCUGAAACCGAGAGGUUAGUCCUGACUUUUGUGGACAACAUGAAUAAAUUCAUCAACACAACAAAGGUACUUCCAUUCAACACCAAAGGAGGUGCUGUUUACCAUGAAAUCAAACUUCUGAGAAAAAAAGAGCCAGUGACCAUGAGCUCUUUAGAAAGCAACACUCUUGAUUUAGGGGAAGCGACGGGUCAGGAACCAAUGGCUCACAUUCAGAUUCCUCCAAAUUCCUUCUAUAAACUGAAUGGAGAAGUGUUUGUAGGUAAUGUAGACGCCAGUGUAACAUUCCUUGACCCCAGAGAUGUUUCCACAGCAGCUGCAGCCCAAAGUGAUCUAAAUUUUGUGGGGAAUGAAGGAGAUAUGCUACCACUAAGAACCUACGGGAUGUUCUCAGUUGACUUCCGAGAUGGCGAAACUAAUGAGCCUCUGAAUGCAGGUGAGGUAAAGGUGUUACUGGACUCUGCCCAGGUGACGAUGUCUGAACACUUAAGUACCAUGAAGCUGUGGUCACUCAACCCUGAUACUGGCCUUUGGGAAGUUGAGGGAAGUUUGGAAGUUGAGAAGAAAUCAAGAGGCAAAAGGGAAGAAAGAACUUUUCUAAUUGGUAAUGUGGAGAUCAGAGAAAGGCGUCUUUUUAACCUUGAUGUCCCAGAGAAUCGUAGAUGUUACGUGAAGGUUAGAGCCUUCCGCAGUGAACGCUUCAUGCCCAGUGAACAGGUUGGGGGAGUGGUAGUGAGCCUUAUAAACAUGGAGCCCACAGCUGGCUUCUCCACUAACCCUCGUGCUUGGGGGCGUUUUGACAGUGUCAUAACAGGCUCCAAUGGUGCUUGUCUUCCCGCUUUCUGCGAUGAUCAAAAGACAGAUGCCUACUCUGCAUACGUCAUGGCCAACCUUGGAGGUGAGGAACUAGAAGCUGUUCCUUCUUUACCCAAACUCAAUCCAAACCUCAUUGGAGUGCCUCAGCCUUAUCUGAGUAAGCUGAACUACAGACGCACAGACCAUGAAAACCACAGACUGAAGAAGACAGCAUUCAGUAUCAAUUUAGCAAAACCAACACCAAACACAGCCGAGGAGUCCAAUGGACCAGUUUAUGCAUUUGAGAACUUGAAACAAUGUGAAGAGGCGCCAUUCAGUGCUGCACAUUUCCGCUUCUCACGAGUGGAAGGAGAUCGGUAUGAUUACAACACAGUGCCGUUCAAUGAGGAUGAUCCAAUGAGCUGGACAGAAGACUACCUUAGUUGGUGGCCUAAGCCCAUGGAAUACCGCGCAUGCUACGUCAAAGUCAAAAUGAACAGCCCGCAUGAGAUUAAUGUUCGGUCUCACAACAUGGGAGGCACCCACCCGAAAACAGUCGGCCAGCUGUACGGCCUUCGAGACAUCAGAAGUACCCGUGACAUGGAGCAGACAGCUGUGUCAGCUGUGUGCUUGGAGUUCAAGUGCAGUGGGAUGUUGUACGAUCAGGAACGUGUCGAUCGGACCUUGGUGAAGGUGAUUCCACAAGGUAGCUGCAAAAGGGAUCAUGUCAAUCCACUACUUCAGGAGUACCUGGUGAACCAUCUGCCACUAGCAGUCAACAACGACACAAACCAGUUCACUAUGCUGGCCCCUCUUGACCCCCUGGGCCAUAACUAUGGAAUUUAUACAGUGACAGAUCAAGAUCCCCGAACAGCCAAAGAAAUUGCACUUGGACGCUGUUUUGAUGGCACCUCCGACAGUACUUCUCGGGUCAUGAAGACCAACGAGGGUGUUGCGUUGACAUUCACUUGUGGGGAUCGUGAGGUGACACGCCAGAGUGUAUUCCAGGCCCUACAGAAUUCACAAGGCCAGACCAAUGUGUUGAGAGGGGAAGGGAGGCAAAACAGACGUCGGCAAAGAGCCAACACUUCCCGUAAUAGUCGAAGACGUAGCACCAGAGAUCCUCAGGGACGGGGAAAAAAGGCCAGAAGCUGAACAAAUCACUGAAGGUCGAUGCCUGACAUCUGUCAAGUGUUAAUAUUAAUCUUGAUUUUGGCAAACACGUUACUAAAAUUUCUGAAUACGAACACUUAAUAUUUCUGUACUACACAUUGCUAUUGGAUUUUUCUCAGUGUCAUUCUUACACGUGUACUGAAGCAUUUACUUGAAAAUAAAAAUAUUUAUUACAAAAUAUGACUGGAGAAUUACAUAAAAAAACACUUUGUUUUGACCAGUGAUUUAUUAAAUUAGAUGUUUAUAAAACACUGCAGAUAGCUUAAUGUCAACACAGUAGUCAAUUCUCCAUGUAACAUUGCAACUGGUCAACUUCUAGAAAAGAGAAAUAUAUCGCUUUCAAAUGGCUGUAGCCCACAUGAAGACAUGGUUGGGGGAUGUCCAUAAAUCCCCUUUUCCACAUCACACUUGAUACAAGCCUGCAGAAGUCAUGAUUAGAGACCAUUUUGAACAUGUUCAUCCAAAUUCUAAUCCAGUCUUCAGCACUAGUAUAAAUCAUGUUGGUAGCAAAUGAUAUUUGUCAUGCACAAAACAAUACCACUUGAUACUUUUGCUCAGUUUUUUUCAAGACAUCCCAGAUUCAUAGAAUGGCUGUGGUGGU